CAACUGCUGCUUCUGCUUCUGCUCUGUAGCUCAGGACUCCAGGCUGAAGGAGAACUCACCUCAACAGAGCCUGGUGGUGUUAAGAUGGUCGGAGGAAAGAGUCGCUGUGCAGGAGAACUGGAGGUGGAACAUGAGGGAGAAUGGAGACCAGUAGUGGGCUCUCUCUGGAACCCGAAGACAGGAGAUUUUGUCUGCCGACAGCUCGACUGUGGCUCUGCUGUUUCUGUGGGAGAGAGAUAUGAGUCCUCAGACAGAUCUGUGUGGGGGAUAGGUCCUAGCUGUGUUCAGUCUGGAUCUGCUCUGAGGAAGUGUGCAGCACCAUCUUCCUCUAAAUACAUCCUGAAUCUCACCUGCUCAGACUCUGUCAGGCUGCUGGGGGGGACUGGUCUGUGCUCAGGCAGACUGGAGGUGAACUCUGACCCGUCUGACCCGUCCUGGUCCUCAGUGUGUGAGGCUGACUUUGACCAGCAGGAUGCUCAGGUGGUCUGCCGGCAGCUGGGCUGUGGGGCUCCUUCAGUCCUCCAGAGGGCGCUCUAUGGAGAAGGGGAGACUCCAAUGGGGACCAAAGAGUUCCAGUGUGGAGGCCAUGAGUCUGCUCUCCUGGACUGUAGCUCAGCAUCAGAGAGAAGCACCUGCUCACCUGGCACAGCUGUUAGCCUCACCUGCUCAGAGCCGGUCAGACUGGUGGGAGGAGAGAGUCGCUGUGCAGGAGACCUGGAGGUGAAAUAUCGGGGAGAAUGGAUACCAGUGGAGGGAUAUUACUCUCGCUGGACCCCGAAGACAGCAGGAGUCGCCUGCAGAGAGCUCGACUGUGGCUCUGCUUUUUCUGUGGGACGGAGAGAGGAGUCCUCAGAGAGUUCUGUGUGGGAGAUCAGCUCUGAAUGUGUUCAGUCUGGAUCUGCUCUGAGGGAGUGUGCAGCAUUACGUUCCUCCCAAAACAUCCUGAAUCUCACCUGCUCAGACUCUGUCAGGCUGCUGGGGGGGACUGCUCUGUGCUCAGGCAGACUGGAGGUGAACUCUGACCCGUCUGACCCGUCCUGGUCCUCAGUGUGUGAGGCUGACUUUGACCAGCAGGAUGCUCAGGUGGUCUGCAGGCAGCUGGGCUGUGGGGCUCCUUCAGUCCUCCAGGGGGCGCUCUAUGGAGAAGGGGAGGCUCCAAUGGGGACCAAAGAGUUCCAGUGUGGAGGCCAUGAGUCUGCUCUCCUGGACUGUAGCUCAGCCUCAGAGAGAAACACCUGCUCACCUGGCACAGCUGUUAGCCUCACCUGCUCAGAGCCUGGUGGUGUUCAGCUGGUGGGAGGAGAGAGUCGCUGUGCAGGAGACCUUGAGCUGAAACAUCAGGGAGAAUGGAGACCAGUGGAGGGCUACCCUCUCUGGACCCUGAAGACAGCAGAUCCUGUCUGCAGAGAGCUCGACUGUGGCUCUGCUUUUUCUGUACGGAGAGAGGAGUCCUCAGAGAGAUCUGUGUGGUGGAUCAGUCCUGCCUGUGUUGAGUCUGGAUCUGCUCUGAGGGAGUGUGCAGCAUCAUAUUCCUCUCUCUCCUUCCUGAAUCUCAUCUGCUCAGAUAAGCUGUUUCAGCCCAACAUCACUGUGUCCUCCUCCAUGUACGGGGUCUCCGGGGCCAAGCAGCAGGGGUUCCAGGUGUUCAGAGGCUCCUCCUUCACCAUCAGCUGCUCCAUCCAGCCUCAGUACCCAGGAGGCUCCUUCCAGCUCAACUUCACCUCCAUCAACUCAGCAAGCAACUACUACUCAGAGACAGCUGUCAAUCACUCUGCCCACUUCCUGUUCCCGGCUGCAGAGCCCGCCCACCAGGGAAGCUACAGCUGUGUUUAUCACGUCUCUGCUUUUUCUCAGGACUUCUCCUCUGAGAGCCGUCUGCUCUCCGUCACCGUCACAGGUGAGCUGUUAGAGUUUACUGUAGGACAGAGCGUGAUGCUCCCCAGCAGAACGCUGGCCACCAGGGGGCGGAGUCCGAGCCGACAGGAGGACAUUGAGCUGGAUUACCUGGGUGUUCCUGCUGAAGAGGAAGGAGCUCAGGGAGCAGAGUAG